GGAGCCGCAGCUCUCGGGGCUGGGGACGCGCCGCAGCGAUCGGUGACAGCUUCUCCCUCCCGCCGGGCUCCAGGACCGAGGGGCCGUUGCGCCGGGCCCUGCUUGCCCGCGCCUGCACAUCCAAGAGCGCGGACCGAUGCCUCCACAGCAGGGGGACCCUGCAUUCCCCGCGCGCUGCGAGGCGCCGCCUGUGCCUCCGCGCCGGGAGCGCGGGGGGCGCGGGGGGCGUGGGCCCGGGGCGCCCGGGGGUCGGGGGCGCGCGGGCGGUGCCGAGGGGCGCGGCAUCAAGUGCGUGCUGGUCGGCGACGGCGCAGUGGGCAAGACCAGCCUGGUGGUGAGCUACACCACCAACGGCUACCCCACCGAGUACAUCCCCACCGCCUUCGACAACUUCUCGGCUGUGGUGUCCGUGGAUGGGCGGCCGGUGAGACUCCAGCUCUGUGACACCGCUGGACAGGAUGAGUUCGACAGACUCAGGCCUCUGUGCUACACCCACACGGACAUCUUCCUGCUGUGCUUCAGUGUGGUCAGCCCUUCCUCCUUCCAGAACGUGGCUGAGAAGUGGGUGCCCGAGAUUCGGCGCCACUGCCCCAAGGCCCCCAUCAUCCUAGUGGGAACCCAGUCGGAUCUCAGAGAAGAUGUCAAAGUCCUCAUCGAGCUGGACAAGUGCAAAGAGAAGCCGGUGCCCGAGGAGGCGGCUAAGUUGUGUGCCGAGGAGAUCAAAGCCACCUCCUACAUCGAGUGCUCCGCCUUGACUCAGAAGAACCUCAAAGAGGUCUUUGACGCGGCCAUCGUCGCUGGCAUUCAAUACGCGGACACGCAGCAACAGCCAAAGAAAUCCAAAAGCAGGACUCCAGACAAAAUGAAAAACCUCUCCAAGUCCUGGUGGAAGAAGUACUGCUGUUUUGUAUGAUGCUGGCAAGAACCCCAGAAAGACUUUUCAGAUGAAAUCAAUAUUAGAAGCUAUAUUAGCUGCAAGACUCCUUUUACUGUGUGCAACCUGUAUAGAGAAGGUGUGUGUGUAGGAGGGCUUCUCCCUUGAUGUAUUCUCUCUUGCCUUUGAUUUUCUUACUGUCUGAGCUUAGGGAUGAGACUCUUAUGCAGUGUAUGUUUGAAGUAAGUUCAUCAUUUUUCAUAACUUUGGACAGUUAGAGCUCUAGACCUUUGGACUGAUUUCUAUUUAAUAUGAAAAAGACACCUCAGAUCUGGGUGUCAGGAGUGAAAUUCUGCUGCAUUAUAAUGUGCAGAAGGAAGUGGUGUGGUUAACUGCCCCUUGGUCGCGAGCUACUCCAUGCACAGUACAUUGUAUGCACAGGCCAGCUCUGGGCAGAACGCUCUUAGCUUUGAAACUCUAUACUUUUUAUUCUUUUUUUCAAGGAGCAAAAAUCAGAAAAAAAAUGAGAGACUGCUGCUUACAAAACCUCAAACCAGUCACUAUGCGAACACUCGGCUGCUCGAGAUUUAAACACAACC